AUUUCGCUCUCUCUUGCAUUCCGUUGCUCAUAUCCCUCCCACAGCGGGUCCGGUUUAGGUCUCUGUAGCUCCACCUCCGAGGAACUGGCCUCGCCAGAACAGUAGGCUACCGCCGAUUAGCUGGCCGCCCCCCUCCCAAGGAAACACUGGCCAGAAGAGAGGCUCUGCCGCCGUUCAGCUCGUUGUUUAUUCGUCUGGGUUGGGCGAACUGCUGCCGCCAUGGCCGACGAAGGCAUGGAUGAACGGUCUCCGCUGCUCUCAGCACCGAACUCCGGGAAUGUCUCACCGUUGGAACCGCCGGCAUACCUGCAGGACACGAGUCCAAGAGCUGAACUCCCUCCCCCCUACACAGCCAUCGCCAGUCCCGACCCAGGGGGGGUACCCGUCAUCAACUGCCGGGUGUGUCAGUCUCUCAUUAACCUGGAUGGCAAGCUGCAGCAGCACGUGGUGAAGUGCACUGUGUGCAACGAGGCCACGCCCAUCAAAAACCCCCCGACUGGGAAGAAGUAUGUACGCUGUCCCUGUAACUGUCUCCUCAUCUGCAAAGACUCAUCUAGGAGGAUAGGAUGCCCCAGACCCAACUGCAGACGCAUCAUCAACCUGAGCCCGGUGAUGGUGAUUCCAGAGGAGCAGCCGGCCCAGCCAGCCCUGCCAGUCCAGCCUGAGGGCACGAGGGUGGUCUGUGGCCACUGUGGAAACACCUUCCUCGGUAACGAGGACUCUGCCACGGCCCCUCCUGAUCUCCAUGACAACAGCACCUCCACAGACCAGUGGAUGGAGCUCCGAUUUAACACGCUAGCAAAAUGCCCUCACUGCAAAAAAAUAUCGUCUGUGGGUAGUGCUCUUCCAAGGAGGCGUUGUUGUGCCUACAUCACUGUGGGAAUGAUCUGCAUCUUCGUCGGAGUGGGAUUAACAGUGGGGACUCAGGACUUUGCCAGUCGUUACCAUGCCACCUAUGUGUCCUGGGCGUUCUCCUACCUCCUGGGUCUGAUCUGUCUGAUACGAGCUUGUUACUGGGGCGCCAUUAAAGUCAGCUAUCCAGAGAACAGCUUUUCCUAGACAGACAAACAGACAGACAGACAGACAGACAGACAGACAGACAGACAGACAGACAGACAGACAGACAGACAGACAGACCGUUGUACUGUGUUUCUACCUUUUUAGUUGUUUAUGUUUUUAUUAUUCAGAUUCAAUUUGUAAGUCGCUCUGGAUAAGAGCGUCUGCUAAAUGACUUAAAUGUAAAUGUAAGACGGAGGUCAGUCUGGUCCAGUCCUGAUCCAGGAGAAAACAGAAAUCCAGCCCUGGUUUUGUAAUUAUCUCUGAUUUUUAAAAAAAAAUUUUUUUUUUAAUGCAGAUCAGGAAUUGAGAUCUUUAUAAUUGUUUAAUUGGUUUGAUUUAAUUAAUUUAAUUAAUUUUUUAUUUGUAAUUAAUUAAUUAACAUUGAUAAAUAUGAUGAUUUUAAUAAGAAGCCGGACAGCUGGACGGUCUCUCUCCUGGACCAGGUAAAGGAUUUGACUGACUGACAGACAUGGCGUUUGCACUACAAUUAUAUUCAAUGAUUCUGUUCAGUUGCUGCUAGUUACCCCAGCUCCAAAAGCUGUCCUCCUCACUCUCUCUCCAUACUGUAUGUAACCCUAGUAACACCCUGCCGAUAUAAUAAACAGUAUGUUUCACUCUGCCUUCACUAUACUGUUAUCAUGUCCUAGUGUUUCACUCUGCCUUCACUAUACUGUUAUCAUGCCCUAGUGUUUCACUCUGCCUUCACUAUACUGUUAUCAUGUCCUAGUGUUUCACUCUGCCUUCACUAUACUGUUAUCAUGCCCUAGUGUUUCACUCUGCCUUCACUAUACUGUUAUCAUGUCCUAGUGUUUCACUCUGCCUUCACUAUACUGUUAUCAUGUCCUAGUGUUUCACUCUGCCUUCACUAUACUGUUAUCAUGUCCUAGUGUUUCACUAUUCCUUCACUAUACUGUUAUCAUGUCCUAGUGUUUCACCCUGCUUUACCUUCACUAUACUGUUAUCAUGUCCUAGUGUUUUACCUUCACUAUACUGUUAUCAUGUCCUAGUGUUUCACUCUGCCUUCACUAUACUGUUAUCAUGUCCUAGUGUUUCACUCUGCCUUCACUAUACUGUUAUCAUGUCCUAGUG